AUGGCAGGCAUGGCAAGAGAUACCCCACAGCCGAACAGGAACAAGAACAGUCGAAGCAGCACAGACAUGAUCAUUUCCGGCUCACGGACCAGCGACAGUAACAUCAUGCUAGGGGUAAUCAAGGUAAAUCCGAGGACCGCCGGCCAGAACGGACCCAUGCGAUCUACCACAGCUCCGCCGAUUGGAGAGCAAAUCAUGGGCAGUGUAUUGGACGGAAAUACAAUGGCGAUCUCCGUCGACCGCACAGCCUCCAAGGCAGUCAUGAACGAGUUCAGCAUGAACAUUCCCGUCAUCGCGGUAAUGAACCUAGGCAUGCAUAGCAAGUAUAAAAGUGCAGGCUUCCUUGGCGACACUGUGGUGGGAGUUCCCGCGGCAUCCGUCAUCAAUGGACGUCUCUCCUCCUCGGUGAGGUUUCGCUUGUUAUCAGUUUUCAGCGACGGCCUGAUGAGAAGCACCCGAAGGACAAACUCCAGUACGACAAGCACAAAGGCUGGGACAAAGACAGCGAAGUAUCCAGCCAGGUCGUACAAAAAACCACCCACGAUGGGUCCUGCGAAUAAACCAACGCUGAGGCUCAUGCUCGUAAAGCCGAUGGCACGUCCAAUGUGUUGCUCCCCAACUGUGUCCAGCAUUAGACUAAAUCCAAUUGUAAAUACUAUGGCGGUCGAACAGCCCUGCAGGAUUCGAGCGAGAAGGAUCACGGCCAAUGAUCUGCAUGAUGGACGCCCCGUAGCUAGCAAUGAGGCCUACACGCUCGGCGAGGGCAAAGGGAAGCAUGGACCACCAAAACUGCAAAAGUGGUUGAUGACCGGAACUGCUUCACCAACAUGUUGUGGCGGACAGAACGGCAAUGCAAGGCAGUGCAACAAGAUCGCCUAG